ACUCUCAUUCGCGAUAUCUUCGCCGUACAAUUUGCAUCAUUAACCGGCCCGAAUUGCCCAAUUCGUUAGGUAAUUGAAUCGAGCUCGAGCCAAUUCUUUUGUUACCAAUUAUUUAAGCUCGUUUAAUGCAUUUCGUCUCGUUAUUCCGUUGAAAGUGCCGUUGUAAAACGGAAAUGUUGGGGUGCAUUUUACUGCUCGGCGCAAUCGCCUUCAUCUACGUCUACUACAAGAAAUCCUUCGGGUAUUGGAGCGACAUGGGGGUGCCCCAAUUGGAGCCGACGUUUCCCUUCGGCGACAUGUCGGACGCCAUCUUCAGGCGCAAGAAUAUGGGCGAUAAAAUCAAAGAGAUCUACGACAGGAUGAAGGGCAAACGGUACGUGGGAUUGUACUUUUUCAGCCGCAAAGUCUUCCUGCCGCUCGAUCCCGUCCUCAUCAAGGACAUUUUGAACAAGGAUUUCCAGCACUUUUCCGACAGGGGCAUUCACUACGACGAGAAAAACGAUCCCCUGUCCGCGCACCUCUUCUCGAUCGCCGGUCCCAAAUGGAAAAACCUGCGCGCCAAGCUGACGCCGGCCUAUUCUCCGGGCAAAUUGAAGUACAUGUUCGAAACGAUAGUGGCCUGCGGCCAUCUUAUGAUGGAAAAACUAGACGAAAUGGCCGCCCAAAGCGGCGAGAUCGAAAUCAAAGAGAUCCUGGCUAGGUACACGACCGACGUGAUUGGCUCGUGCGCCUUCGGCCUCGACUGUCAUUGCAUGACCGAUCCCCAAGCGGAGUUCAGGCUGAUGGGGAAAAGAGCCUUCACGCAAACCGUCGGGGAUCUACUCAAAAUGAUCGUCAUCAGGAGUUGCCCGCCGUUGGCCAGGCUGUUGAGAUUAGGCGUUUUCUCCGGUAACGUGACAGAAUUUUUCAACAGAGUAGUCAGAGAAACGAUAGAAUAUCGAGAAAACAACAACAUCACACGACCGGAUUUCCUGCAAUUGUUGAUCAGGUUGCGCAACAACGGCCAAAUCGAAGAAGACACCGAAGAAACCAAAAAGCUACCGCCCGGCACGGCAUUGACGAUGGAAGAGGCGGCCGCGCAAGCCUUCAUCUUCUUCCUGGCGGGUUUCGAGACCACCUCGACCACCAUCAGCUUCGCCCUCUUCGAAAUGGCCUCCGAUCUGGCCGUCCAAAGCCGAGCCCGCGGCGAAGUCGAUCGCGUCUUGGCCAAACGCGCGAGCCUCACCUACGAAUCGCUCGCCGAAAUGACCUAUCUAGACGCCCUGGUGUUCGAAACGAUGAGGAAAUAUCCGCCGGCUCCGGUGUUUCUGAGAAAAUGCACCAAGCGCUACCGAGUGCCCGGUUCGAACGCGACGAUCGAAGAGGGCCAGUCCUUGCUGAUACCGUGCUUCGGUUUGCACAGGGAUCCCGAGUACUUUCCCGAUCCUGAGCGGUUCGAUCCCGAACGGUUUUCGGACGAAAACAAAUCGAAUAUAUGGGACGGUACUUACAUACCGUUCGGAGACGGCCCCAGGAAUUGCAUAGGUGUCUAUAUAUUAUCUUUUAUCUUAUCGUUAGAUUAGAUCUGCUUGGAAGUUCUCGGCCUGACAAUGAAAUAUCGCCGUUUUAAGUUGAUCAUUUU